CAUACUUAUAAUACUUGUAUAAAUGUUCUGUGUAUAAUAAGAAAAGAUUCUUGUAUACUUGGUGAAAUUCUUGUUAAUAUAAUGCCUGACGUGACAAUUAACAAUGUUAUUGUUAAUUUUCCUUUCAAACCGUAUUCUGUUCAAGAAGAUUAUAUGGCAAAAGUGAUAGAAUGCCUUCAGAAUAGCAAAAAUGGGGUUUUAGAAUCUCCAACUGGUACAGGGAAAACAUUGUGCCUCUUAUGUUCCUCCUUAAGUUGGUUAUUAAUGAAGAAAGCUCAACUGCAAGCACAAGCAAUUGUAAGUGCAAUAGAGAAACCAAAUUUUGGAGGACAUUUCUUUAACAAGUUAAAUAAUGAACUUAAAGGAGCUACAGGUGAUUUAGAUCCUCCCAUCAAUUUUAUUUGGGCUGCACCAAAAAUAAUCUAUGCAUCUAGAACACAUUCUCAACUUUCACAAGCAAUGCAGGAGUUGAAAAGAAGUGCUUAUAAACAUACUAGUACCGCUGUAUUAGGAUCCAGGGAUCAACUUUGUAUUCACCCAGAAGUAUCCAAAGAGACUAAUAGUUCCAAUAAAAUACAUAUGUGUCAUUCUAAAAUAAAAUCUAGAACAUGUUUUUAUUAUAAUAAUGUUGAAACAAGGAAAGAAGAUCCUUUUUUUAAACAGGAAGUAUUAGAUAUAGAGGAUUUAGUAAAAGCUGGACAGAAAUUCAAGUGUUGCCCAUACUUUUUAUCUAAGGAACUUAAGCAGACUGCAGAUAUAACUUUUUUACCAUACAAUUAUAUAUUAGAUCCAAAAGCAAGAAGAUCCCAAGGCAUAGAUUUGCAGAAUAGUAUCAUUCUUUUAGAUGAAGCACACAAUAUUGAGAAAACUUGUGAAGAAGCAGCAUCAUUCCAGAUAUCUAGCACAGAUAUUGCAAUGUGUAUUGAUGAAAUAACAGCAGUAAUGGAAGAGAUGGCUCAUAGUAUACAAAAGGAAAAUGACUUUUUAAUGGAAAAUUCUGGGAAUGUACAAAAAGAUUUUACUGCGGAUGAUUUAUGUAUUUUAAAAGCUAUGUUUUUAGAAGUGGAGAAAGCUAUUGACUCUAUAAAAAUCAUAAAACAUAAAGAAGGAGACACGCUUCCUGGUGGCUAUAUUUUUGAAUUACUUGAAAAAGCUCAAUUAACGCAUGGUAAGGAACAACUAGUAAUAGAGAAACUAGAAAAGAUUGUUCUUUAUUUAACAACUACAAGUACCUCUCCGUUUGCAAGGAAAGGUAACGCGCUCCAAAAAUUCAGUGAUCUAUUAAGAAUAGUGUUUAACAGUGGUAACAAUGUAUGUUAUAGAGAAAAAAUUAAACAAUGUUACAAGGUAUACAUUCAAUUAGAGGAACCAAAAAAAGUUUAUAAGAAUGAUGUUUGGGAAACAAAGAAAACGAUUUCAAAAAAUGAAGGCAAAAUUAUUAGUUAUUGGUGCUUUAGUCCUGGAUUUAGCAUGCAACAGCUAAUGGCACAAGGUGUACGCGCAACGAUAUUAACAAGUGGCACAUUAUCUCCUCUAAAACCUUUUAUAACUGAACUUGGAAUACCAAUUGAUGUUCAAUUAGAAAAUCCACAUAUAGUAAAAGGAGACCAAGUCUGUGUGGGUGUCCUUGGCCAAGGUCCUGAUGGUUAUUCAUUGAACUCUUCCUUCAACACAAGAAAUGAUCCCAAGUACAUAGCAUCUCUUGGUCGAACAAUAUUUAAUUUUAGUUGUCUAAUACCUCAUGGUUUAUUAGUUUUUUUCCCUUCGUAUCCUAUAAUGAAAAAGUGUCGAGAGGAAUGGCAGAACACAGAUUUAUGGACAAAAAUUGCAGAUCAUAAACCAAUAUACGUAGAACCACAAUCCAAAGAUGGCUUUGCAAAUGUUAUGACUGAAUACUGUGAAAAAAUUAAAGAUCCCUCUUGUAAAGGAGCAAUUUUUAUGGCAGUUUGUAGAGGAAAAGUGAGCGAAGGACUCGAUUUUGCGAAUGCAAAUGGUAGAGCUGUGUUAAUUACUGGUCUUCCAUUUCCACCUUUAAAAGAUCCAAGAAUUAUAUUAAAACAACAAUACUUGGAAGAGAUUAGAAGCAGCAACAAAGAAGCCUUAUCUGGCCAACAAUGGUAUCAACUUGAAGCGUCGCGAGCUGUUAAUCAAGCUAUCGGACGAAUUAUACGUCAUAAAAAUGAUUACGGAGCUAUAAUACUUUGUGACUGUAGAUUUGAAAACCAAAAUUUUAAAAAGCAUUUAUCUGCUUGGUUGAGACCUUGUAUUAAAAAGUUUACUAGUUUUGGAAUGAUUACAAGACACUUGCGAGACUUCUUUAAAUAUGCAGAACACACAUUGCCGCAACCAAAUAUGCAAUCAACGAGUAACAGUAUUUCCUUACCUGCAAUGGCUGCUUCUUUUGACACGACUAUAUCUCGAUUAGCAAAAAAUACAUUGAAACAGAAAUCCGAAGUAACAUAUGAAACAGAUGAUACUUUUCACAUCGAUUCAUAUACUAAUGAAAGUGAAAAGAAUACUAAAUCAACUGAAAUAAAGAAGAAAAUCUUUUCCGAACUUUUAAAAACAGAAUCUAAACCAGUUAUUAAUUUUAGUGACUGCAAAUUAAAACUAAAAAACACUACAUGUCUACUAUCAAAGGAUAUCGUUGAACCAUUUACAAAAAAGAGAAAAAUAAAGAUGUUACCUUUAGAAUUUAAUGCACAGUUAUCUGGUCCUUCAACUUCUUCAUGUGCAAAUACAAAAGAUAUAGACAAUUUAAAAGAUCCUAAGCAAAUAUCUGAAGAACCCUCGAAUGAUAUUGAUAAAACAGUUUUGGGCAAAACAUAUUUAAAAGAGGUGAAACGUUCAUUACCAGAAGUUAAUUACAAAAUAUUUGCAAAAAUGAUACAAGACUAUACAAAGACAAGUAAUUUAGAUGAAUUGUUAAGGAUACUUCAAAAUUUAUUUCCAUCAAAAGAAGGACUACUUCACUUAUUUAUAGGGUUUAAACAUUUUUUAAAAAAGCAACAUAUUGAAGCAUUUGAAACUCACGUUACUCACUUAAAAAAUAUGCAACCAUAA